UGUACCGCGCCGCGCCGGGCCUCGCUGCGGUGCCGAGCCCCGCAGAUCCUCCGGAGGACGCCCCCUUCAUCCCCGCGCGCAGGAGACACCUCGCCCUUAAGAAGCAGUGGCUCCUCUCCCGUCGCAGGGCGACCGAAAGAUGAAGUGGCAAUCUGUCCUGCCCCAACAGUGUAUUUUGCUGAUGACGUGUCUCCUAAUGGCCUUGGAAGCUGUACCUAUAGACAUAGAUAAGACAAAAGUCAAAGGAGAAGGCCACGUAGAAGGAGAGAAGGUAGAAAAUCCAGAUACAGGACUUUAUUAUGAUGAAUAUCUCAGACAAGUAAUAGAUGUCUUGGAAACAGAUAAACAUUUCAGGGAGAAGCUCCAGACUGCUGACAUAGAGGAAAUAAAGAGUGGAAAACUAAGCAGAGAGCUUGAUUUAGUAAGCCACCAUGUGAGAACACGGCUGGAUGAACUAAAAAGACAAGAAGUGGCAAGAUUAAGAAUGUUAAUUAAAGCUAAAAUGGAUUCUGUUCAAGACACUGGCAUAGACCAUCAGGCUCUCCUUAAACAGUUUGAGCACCUGAACCAUCAGAAUCCUGACACGUUUGAACCUAAAGACUUAGAUAUGUUGAUCAAAGCAGCUACAAGUGACCUGGAAAACUAUGAUAAGACCCGCCAUGAGGAGUUUAAGAAAUAUGAGAUGAUGAAAGAACAUGAGAGGAGAGAGUAUUUAAAAACACUGGAUGAAGAAAAGAGACAACGAGAACAAUCAAAAUUUGAGGAGAUGAAGAAAAAACAUGGAGAUCACCCUAAAGUUCACCAUCCUGGAAGCAAAGAUCAACUGAAAGAGGUGUGGGAAGAAGCAGAUGGACUAGAUCCUAAUGAAUUUGACCCCAAAACAUUUUUCAAAUUACACGAUGUCAAUAAUGAUGGUUUCCUGGAUGAGCAAGAACUAGAAGCCCUAUUUACUAAAGAGCUAGAAAAAGUCUAUGAUCCCAAAAAUGAAGAGGAUGACAUGGUUGAAAUGGAAGAAGAAAGGCUGAGAAUGAGAGAACAUGUAAUGAAUGAGGUUGACAUCAACAAGGACCGGCUAGUGACUUUGGAAGAGUUCCUGCGAGCUACAGAGAAAAAAGAAUUUUUGGAGCCAGAUAGCUGGGAGACACUAGAUCAACAGCAGCUCUUCACUGAGGAAGAGCUGAAGGAAUUUGAAAGUCAUAUUUCUCAGCAGGAAGAUGAACUUAGAAAGAAGGCAGAAGAUCUUCAGAAGCAGAAGGAAGAGCUACAGAGGCAGCAUGACCAGCUUCAGGCUCAGAAACAAGAGCUUCAGCAGGUUGUAAAACAGAUGGAACAAAAGAAACUACAGCAAGGAAAUCCUCCUGCAGGACCAGCUGGAGAACUGAAAUUCCAACCCCCUGGGGAGCCCAAAGUUGGAGAUGCACCAAAACAUCCUGCGGGAGGUGAUCAGCCUUUACCACCAGGACAUGUCCAAGAACCAGCUGCUAGAACUGAUCAAGUUCACCCUUAACCACUUGUGCCUCAACUUUAUAGCAUCUUUAUUAUUUUGG